GUGAAGUUCCUCGGUGAUCAGAAAGCCCGGCAGGCGCUGGCUGUAAUUGGGGGGUAAAAUGGCGCUGAGUUCUCAAGGAACAAAGAAGAAAGUUUGCUAUUAUUAUGACGGUGAUGUUGGGAAUUACUACUAUGGACAGGGUCACCCCAUGAAACCCCACAGAAUCCGCAUGACCCACAACCUCCUUCUAAACUAUGGCCUCUAUAGGAAAAUGGAAAUUUAUAGGCCUCAUAAGGCCAAUGGUGAAGAAAUGACUAAGUACCACAGUGAUGACUACAUCAAGUUCCUCCGUUCCAUCCGCCCAGACAACAUGUCGGAGUACAGCAAACAGAUGCAGAGAUUUAAUGUAGGGGAGGAUUGUCCGGUCUUUGACGGCUUAUUUGAAUUCUGUCAGCUCUCAACAGGUGGUUCUGUUGCUGGAGCUGUGAAACUUAACAAACAGCAGACAGACAUCGCCAUUAACUGGGCAGGAGGUCUUCAUCACGCAAAGAAAUCUGAGGCAUCCGGUUUCUGCUAUGUAAACGACAUCGUGCUGGCCAUUCUGGAACUGCUCAAGUACCAUCAAAGAGUGCUUUACAUUGACAUCGACAUUCAUCAUGGUGAUGGAGUUGAGGAAGCCUUCUACACAACAGACCGUGUCAUGACUGUGUCCUUCCACAAGUAUGGAGAGUAUUUUCCUGGUACAGGAGACCUCCGAGAUAUUGGUGCUGGAAAGGGAAAGUACUAUGCUGUGAACUACCCACUCAGGGAUGGUAUAGAUGAUGAAUCUUAUGAAGCCAUAUUCAAACCUAUCAUGGCCAAAGUAAUGGAGAUGUACCAGCCCAGUGCUGUGGUUCUGCAGUGCGGUGCUGACUCUCUGUCUGGAGACCGAUUGGGCUGCUUUAACCUCACCAUCAAAGGUCAUGCUAAAUGUGUGGAGUACAUGAAGAGCUUUAACCUGCCCCUUCUCAUGCUGGGAGGUGGAGGCUACACCAUCAGGAACGUGGCCCGAUGCUGGACUUUUGAGACCGCUGUAGCACUGGACAGCGCAAUUCCUAAUGAGCUCCCGUACAAUGACUAUUUUGAGUAUUUUGGACCUGAUUUCAAGCUCCACAUCAGCCCCUCCAACAUGACCAAUCAGAACACAAAUGACUAUCUGGAAAAGAUCAAACAGCGUCUGUUUGAGAAUCUACGAAUGUUGCCUCACGCCCCUGGUGUGCAGAUGCAGGCAAUCCCAGAGGAUGCUGUUCAGGAAGAUAGCGGAGACGAGGAGGAAAACCCUGACAAACGCAUCUCAAUCCUUGCCCAUGACAAGCGGAUAGCCUGUGAUGAAGAGUUCUCAGACUCUGAGGAUGAAGGACAGGGCGGCCGGAGAAAUGCAGCCAAUUACAAGAAGGUUAAACGAGUGAAGACCGAAGAAGAGAAGGAUGGAGAGGAAAAGAAAGGUGAGCCUACAGAUGUUAAAGAAGAGAAGGCUCCAGAAGAAAAAAUGGACACAAAGGGGCCAAAAGAAGAAUUAAAAACUGUCUGAAAAAAAGAAUGCUCGGUGGGCACAGAUGCAUGAACUUACGUUGACAUUCUUCUCACACGUCAAACCCACAUAAGCACAUGUUCACCCCAGAGCUAAAGACUGUAAAUUAUUUUGUAAGACUGAUUUUACAAUUUGUAUUCUAAUGAAGCGGUAUAAAGGAUUUUACAUUACAAGUGUGAAAUUAUGUACCUUUUUAUUUAGUGCUUUAAAAAUGUGUUUCCCCCUUACUUCAAACCUAAAUGUUACUGUUGACCUACAAUAGCACCUCAAACAGGACCAGGGACAGCACAAAUCUUUUCUCUCCCAUCACAGAGGUCUCUGCUUUUGGAAGUCAUUUUAAAUCAUGGACUCCCACAUAUAGGUCGUCUUUUAUUUGGUUUUGAAUUUCACUGUGGAUGCCGUUUGUUCGGUUUCCUUUACCUCGUUUUUAAGCGAUUUAAAUGUGUUUUUUAUUAUGGUGUCUGUAUUGAUUGCUCUGUUCUGAACUUCCCCUGUCUGGUGGGGCAUGGCAAAGGCUUGCUAUAUUGUUGUGUUGCUAGCAAUUCAGUCACAGGGCUGACUGGAUUUAGCCAUUUGGCGCUCAAGUUCUGUGGUUGUGAAAUGUCCUUAUAUUAUCAAUGACUUUGUUAAAGAAAUUAAAGAAAUAUCUUUAACUUUGUGGAUUACAUUACUCUUGCAUAGAUGCAAUCUUUUUUCACAAUUAAUUUAAUUACUUUUAUUCUGUUGAAUUUUGUGAUGUAAACUUAAAGAUUUUUUUAUUUUAUUUUUUUCCCAUAGGGGAAUUAUCAACAAUAACUUAUUAGCCUUUAAACACAGACUUACUGUGAGUUAAUGUCUGCUACUUUUCAAGCCAUCUGUGUUUAAUUUUUAUUUAAAAAAAAAAAAGGUGUUUUACAUCAGACUUUGUUAUUCACUACAAAGAUCCAUUAGAGAAUUGCAGUAAACAAACCUUGUGGAAAACAGCUCAAACGGCAACUGCCCAGUUAAUGAAGCAAUCAAGUUAUCUCCCUACACUCUCAAACUGCUUUUAUAGUUGUAAAUAUCAGAAUUUGUUUGCCAUGUACUAGACCUAUUUUCUCCCAUAGUUUAAUUAGACUGACCUUUGCAAUGCUUCAUGUGAUUGCAGAUCAUUCCCUGAUGAGAGACAUUAAAUACACUCUUGUAUUUCAAAAAGUCUCCAGUUUUCUAAUACUAUUUAGCUACAAAUUAAAAUUUGUAAUGUUGUGGUUC